AAUGGACCGGAAGCGUUUCUAUCUGUUUCUAUCCCAUGCGAUAUCUACAAAAUUGGCAUUUUAACAUUGCGAUAAUUAGCUUAUAUGUAUAAUUUUUAAAAAUCAUAUCAGGUUAUAAUACAUUUGACAGUGUAUUGCUACGGUUAGUCAGCAGUCUGAUCAACUUUAAAUGUAAUUCACAGGAAGCACAAAUAAAAAUUCUUUGAUUCAAACGAGAUAAGAAACAAAUGAUUGUAAUUUUUAAUGAGUCACGUUUUUCUUCUAGAAGCUGUACCUAAACAAAAAUUCUUUGGAAAAGGCAUAGUUUUUAAAAAGUUUCAACCGAAAGAGCGGAAAUAUGUCUAAUCUAUUAACUUUUGAAAAUCCUAUAUUUGCUCAAUUUGCAAUGCACGGAGCUUUCAAUAUAGCAAAAAUGUUUUCCCUGAUUCUUUUGGCAUUAUAUAGACGCUAUUUUACAAAGAACCCUAAACCAGAUGCAACUACAUCUAAAACAAACUACGACAUUAAAGGAUUGGAGAGAGUGACAAACAACCAUAGAAAUGACAUGGAAAAUAUGUAUGCCUUUUUUCUGAUUGGUAUACUCUACGUAAUGACCGAUCCGAGUCAACAAGCAGCAAGCUUACAUUUUAGAAUUUUUACUUUAGCAAGAAUUGGACACAUGAUAUCAAUGCAGGUACCAAUUCGCCAACCAGCCAGAGGAUUAUUGACAUUAAAAAAAAAUGGCGUCGACGGCUUCUCGGAGAAGUUCUACGACAGGACCUGUUACCCCCUUACAAAUUAUACUUUUGGUACAAAAGAUCCAAUUUAUGAAAAAGAUACUUCUGUCCAAGCAAGAUUUACCCGUAUGCGAGAAGAAUAUGAAAGAGAUGGAAUGAGACGUAGUGUUGAUGGAGUUCUCAUUGUUCAUGAACAUGGAUUACCCCAUGUCCUUUUGCUUCAAUUGGGUCAAUCCUUCUUUAAGCUUCCAGGUGGCGAAUUAAAGCCUGGGGAAGAUCAAGUUGAAGGCCUAAAACGAUUUUUAACCGAUCUUCUUGGGCGUCAUGAUAAUGUUCCAGUUGAUUGGGUUAUAGAAGAUACAAUAGGUAACUGGUGGAGACCCAAUUUUGAGCCCUCUCAGUAUCCAUAUCUACCUGCUCAUAUAACGAAACCAAAGGAGCAUAAAUGGUUGUUUUUGGUUCAGCUACCUGAAAAAGCUUUAUUUGCUGUACCUAGAAAUUAUAAACUAGUCGCCGCUCCACUGUUUGAAUUGUACGAUAAUGCGCAAGGAUAUGGUCCAAUUAUAGCUGGACUUCCACAAGCACUUUCAAGGUGA